CCAAUACCAGAGAAGUAUGCAGAUGCUGAGUGAAUUGGAUCUAUUCCAUCUGAACAUAGUUUAGUUGGUUCACAGAGAAUUGCCUCUACAAGUAAUAAGAAGAGCAAAUCUAAGUCUAUGACAUUACCAUCAGCUAGCACAACCUCAGGUAAUGUUUAUAGCACUCCAAUGGGUGUACUGGCUGACUUUGAACAGCCUCAUCAAUCAUUGACUACCCCCAUGAAUGAAUUAUGGCAUGCUUCAAGUCAGGUGCCUCCUAAUAGCAACAAUGAUGAAAGAAGAAGGGGACAGGCAGUGCUAUCACCAUCACCAUCUGAGUCUUCAUCCUUCUUCUCCUCUGAUAGUGGUUCCCCUUUGGACAAUGAGAGCUCAUCUACUUCUAAUAGAAAGAAGAAGAAGAAGCAUUGCAAACAUAAAUCUCAUUUACAUCAUAAGCAUAAAGGCAAAUCAAAAGAUGUUCAUUUAUGCAGGCCCAUUGAUCCCAAGAUUGUGAAUUAUACCUUGAGGUUCUUGAUGAUGAUCCAGUCUGAGAUGUGUACAAUAUAUCUCAUUUUCUUGAUGGUACAGCCCAUGACUUCUAUGAUAUGUUUGACUAUUGCUUUCCUAUUGAUUUCUGUAAAAAGAGUCGGAAGGAGAUUGAGAACUGCUGUCAAGGUGGAUGGUGAGUGAAGGUAUUCACCCAUGAACUGGAAAACCUGUACAAUGUCCUUGACAUCACUGAUAUCCUGUCUUGGAAGAGUUUCUCUCAGGCAGUUCACUCUUAGACUAUCAUUGCUCAUGAGGCUGAGCUAGCUGAGGCAACCUUGAAUCAUAGGCAUUCAGCUAUGUGUGCCACUGUUCUGCAUAACCAUAGAGCAGACUCUCACUGUACCAAUCAGAC